GCACGUCUCCCCUUCUUGUCCCUUGCAUCAACUUCUCGUUGCUAGACCAAACAAACUCGUCCUGAACUCACAUAUACCCUUCGACCUAAUUAAUCCACACACUUGCCGUCAUCAUGCCCGGAGUCCCACUCGACGCGUUCUCUACGGUGAAGAAGUCCCUCAGGGGCAUGUUUGGAGGCAAGAAGAAGGCCAAGACUGGUGAAGCCACGCCGACGGCCACCACCGCAACGCCCUCGUCUUCCACCGCGAAGCCCACCGAGACCACUCCCGCUGCGCCCGCUCCGGCCACCGUGCCCCAGCCGGCAACGAGCGGCACAUCGUCAUCAGCAUCCAGUGUUGCAUCUGAGCCAGCCGCUGCUGUGCCAGUUGCUGCUGCUGCGCCUACCACGGGUGAGGCUGCUGCUCCGGCAGAGGUCAAGAAGGAGACACACGCCCACGAGCCUGUCCCCGCAGCUGCACCUGCCACUCCUGCAGCUGCACCUGCCCCUCCCGCCGCUGCCCCGGCGCAGUCUCCAGCCAGCGAGGCCCCUGAGGUUGUCCAGCCCAGGCACACCGAAGCUCCUGCGGCCGCUGCGCAGCCUCCCCAGCCCGAGGUCCCCGAGCUUCCCGCAAGCAACCCUGCACCUGGAAUGAGUGCUACCAGUGGACCAAUGGGCGAAGCCACUUGGGAUGCCGAGGCUCAAGAGCAGCAAUCUGCCCCUGCUUACACAGUCCCUGCUUCCGCUCUGAUUUCUCCCCCUAACCAGUAGGUGGUCAGAAUAACCCUACACCUCCGUCAAGAUGUGUAAGCUCAAGCUGCAUGCUGCUCUUCACGUCAUGAAGCUGGACGCUUUCGAGUUGUUUUCCAUAUCAAGGCCGUCUUUGAGUGUCAAAGUUGAAAAUGUAUAAAAAACGUGAUUACACGGACGUGGUGGGGGAUUUAUCAUGGACUGCUUCACUUGUGUUUGCACCACA